ACUUCUCAAGAAAGUAGAAAUAUAAGCGAUUCGACAAGAGCUUAAAAUAUGAAAUGGAGGGACAUAUGUGGACUUUUAUUCACUACUAGCUCGUAUUAAGAAGACCACAUACGCGUUAAUCGGGCUAAAUUGGUAACAUCAUCAUCGUCAAAUAAUAGGCCAAUAUGCACUUGGCAACUUGGCGUGUAUCAGUAUGUAUGACUCUUUCGCAAUCACAAACCAAAAAAAAAAAAAAAAAAAAAAAAAAUAUAAAAACCAAAUAAACUUUCACAUAGAUGUGAUCACCAUUACUCUCAUUUCACCCCUUUAUUUUGCCGUCUCUUUUCUCUUUCUUCUUCCUUUGAAAAACCCCUCAAAUAAGCCGGCUACAGUAUCCAAUUGAAUGAAUUGAUCAUCUUGAUUGAAUUUGUAUUCGGUUGAUUAUAGAUUGAGUCACUAAUUUAUCUGUAUUUUGUCAAUAGUGGGUAAUUGAAGGUUCAAUUUUUCUGGGGUUCGAUUAAUUCAGGUGCACUUGACCCAAUCACUUGUUCUAUCAAUUUUUGAUCUGAUUCUGAGUUUAAAUUGGUGGGUUUUGAUCCAAUUUGGGGAUGAACUUCUGGGUUUAUGAUUAAUUUUAGUUUCUGUGAGAAUUUGAUCAUCUGGGGUUGAAUUGGAUUGAGUUUUUCAGAUGGUAUAUCAAAAUUCUUCUGUUGAUCAAUCUAGUGCGAUGACAGUUUCAAUGAGUCUUACUGAUACAUACAUGAAAUCAAAGCAAAGCAAUCAGUUUUCGAAGAAUCGAAAAAUACCCAAUUCAUCUAAUCAUCAGAAUUCUUCUAGUUGUUGUGAAUCUCGUUUUGCUGUUCUUGAUAUGAUUAUGUUGAUUUCUGCAAUUGGGGCAAUAGGGUUUUUGCUGUUUCCCUAUGUUAGUUUUACAUAUAUGAAAGUUGCUGAGAUUGGUGCUUUAGUUUGUUCAAUUCCGAAAGAUGAGAUAUAUGAGAAUCCUGUUAUUUAUGGGUCAUUGGCGCUUAGUAUGGUGUGCGUAGGAAUGGCUGCUUGGGGGAUUGUGAUGUGCACGACUCGAAAGUGUGGGAAUUCGGGUUGUCGUGGUCUUUGGAAGGCUGCUGAAUUUGAUAUACAGCUUGAGACUGAGGAAUGUGUAAAGAACUCGAAUUCAAUGGCAAAGGAUGGUGUUAACAGGGGUUUGUUUGAAUUGCCCCGUGAUCAUCAUCGCGAAUUGGAAACUGAGCUUAAGAAGAUUGCACCCCCGAAUGGAAGGGCUGUUCUUGUGUUUCGCGCUAGGUGUGGAUGUUCUGUUGGUAGGAUGGAAGUUCCCGGUCCGAGGAAGGCUCGAAAGAUCAAGAAAUAGAUUGUGGUUGUACUCUUUGAUUCAUGAAUAUACUCAAUAGAAAAGUUGAAUAGCACAGAGGUGUUUGUUUUUAAAUAAAGUUGAUGCUAAUAAGUUGUAAGAACUACAUACAUACAGUUGGUCAUGGUUACAGUGAAAGGCUUGUUCGUGUUGAAUAUUUUCGUGUUUGGUGUAAUUCAGUUUCAUUGUGGUUCGGAUUGAGGAAGAAGCAAGCGAAAAAAAACUCAUGCUUUUGGUGCAAAAUCAAUUUGAAGUUUUCUUCAUUUUUAGCUCCCUUGUCAACUCUAUACAUAAGACAUGCUGUAAAGUUGUGUUCUACUAUAGUGUUGUUUAGCUGUCACAUUCUUCAAAACCAGCUUGUUUUUGGUUUGAUCAAAGUGUGGUGUUCAGGCAACCUUUACAUUAGUCUGUAUUAAUAUAUAAAGGAUUUUGCACUGAUAAAGAAUUAAAGAGAAUCAUUUUUCAGAUUGAUCA